CAGCCAAUAACAGGAAAUGGCAGCAUCACGAGUCGCAUCUCGCCAAUUAUCCCAGCAUCUGUCCACUAUCGCAACAAAAUGGGUGCAGGAUCCGUUCCGUCACAUUCAGCUCUCGGUGUUUCUCGAGUCGCUAGCCAAGCAUCCCAGGCUAACGCCUCAAGCAGUUGAGGCCGCUAGUGCGCUCCAGAACAACAUCGUAUUCAACAAAUAUCCACUGUCGCCGAAAACUUUGGAACCCGCUUCGGUACCGCUGCAUUAUUCACGACUUGUUGAAGGAAUGGAGAAAAGCGCUCAAGGGAUCGGUCGGCCGUGGUGGAAGGCCUUUUUUGGCGUCUGGUAGUGACGUCCACUUUGCAGCUGUUAUGGUAUAUGGUCAUGUUUCCCCGAGGGUACUGUUGUGUACUACAAGCCACGUCGAUAGCUACCGGCAUUUCGGACGCAUUUCCUGGGCUAUCAGAUCGCACGAAAAAGCAGGAACGAGUUACACGUUCAUUGAAGUUCCGCAAGUUCGGAGGACGAAAGUCACGGAACUAUUCAUAAAAGAUUUACUGACACUAAUUCAUGGAAAUAUCUUCUGUCCCUGAAUCAUAUACACUUCCACGGGUUUCAGGUCUCGUUAUCGCAUAUUUUGAAUUCCGUUGUAAAUCGUGCCUGAGCAGUCAUAGUUGGCGUCUGUCUUUAGGGUAGUUGCAACCUUGACAACGAUUAUUGAAACCGC